AUCCCGCUACUCAGUGUUGCUUGGGUGUGUGUCCGGGCUGGUCUUGCAGCUCCUCCUCCGCGCACCAUCACUGGCAUCAUGACUCUCAUCCGAUUUUGGACCCUUCUCUCCCUCCUUUGUUGGUUGACGCACUUGACAUUUUGUGCAGAAGAUAGAGAUUUGUUGGUAAUUACAGUUGCAACCAAUGAGACCGAUGGCUAUCACCGAUUCAUGCGUUCUCAAAACGUGUAUAAUCUCAAUGUGAAGGUGUUGGGUUUAGGUUUGACGUGGGAAGGAGGAGAUGUGAAGAAUUUGCCAGGUGGUGGUCAGAAGGUCAAAUUGCUGAAAGAAGAACUUCUCAAGUAUAAAGAUGAUCCAAACAGAAUAAUCAUGUUUACUGACAGCUAUGAUGUCAUCUUCACAGCUGGCAAGAAUGUUAUUCUGGAAAAGUUUGACAACCUUAAUGCACGGGUUGUGUUUGGUGCAGAAGACUUCUGUUGGCCAGACAAAAAUCUUGCUGCCGAGUAUCCACGCGUUUCUUUUGGCUAUAAGUAUCUUAAUUCUGGUGGAUUUAUUGGGUAUGCUCCAGAAGUGUACAAUAUUGUGUCAUUGUAUGACAUAAACAGUGGGGAUGACGACCAACUCUACUACACAAAAAUAUUCUUAGACGAAAAUGCGAGAGAAAAAUACAAGAUCAAACUCGACACCCAGGCUAAUAUAUUUCAAAACCUUAAUGGACAGCUCAGUGAUGUGUCCUUGAAGUUUGAAGACGAUGAUGUCAAGAUUAUUAAUACUGUGUACCAGUCUACUCCAGUGGCCAUUCAUGGAAAUGGACCGUCAAAGAUCCAGCUAAACUCUUUGGGAAACUAUCUUGCCAAGUCAUGGACUCACGACGAUGGAUGCCUUUCGUGUCGUGAAAACAUUCGUCGUUUGAAAAAUUUGUCGAAGGAUGAGUAUCCUCGUGUGCUGAUUGCAGUGUUUAUAGUGAAACCAGCUCCAUUUCUGGAAGAUAUGUUGGCUAAGAUUGUCAACCUUAAUUACCCAAAGAAUAAACUUGAUAUACUUGUUUAUAAUCAGGCAAAGUUACAUGAGAGUCUUAUAAAGACUUGGGUGAACGACCAAGACUCUGCUGGAUAUCACUCUACAAAACUGAUUUCUACUGAUGAGAACAUGAAGGACUGGCAUGCUCGUAACUUAGCAAUAGAUUUAUGUUUAAAGAAUAGCUGCGAUGCGCUCUUCAGUGUAGAUGGAGAUGUUCACCUUGACAAUCCUGAGACCCUGACUCUACUUCUAGAACAUAAUCGGCCCAUGCUUGGCGCAUCACUCGUUCGUGAGGGCCAAGCCUGGUCCACUUUCUGGGGUGCUAUUAACGAAGAUGGGUUCUAUGCUCGAUCAAUUGACUACAUGGACAUUGUUAACAACAAUAGAAGAGGCAUCUGGAAUGUUCCAUACAUCACUGGGGUGUACCUCAUCCAAAAAGCCCUCCUGGAGAACCCUGAGACUCGGCCCAACUACAUCUUCAAGCUCCACGAUGCUGACAUGGCCUUGGCCGUAAACAUGAGGGAGAAGGGAGUGUUCAUGUACGUGAGCAACAUGGAGGAUUAUGGACACUUGGUGGACCCUGAUUACUUCCCAACAAAAUAUUUGCACAAUGAUAUGUGGCAAAUGAAGGCGAACCGUAAAGAUUGGGAGAAUCGCUAUAUAUCUCCAGACUACUGGACAGCUCUCAGUCCUACAGAGCUCAAUGAAAUGCCUUGCCCUGACGUCUACUGGUUCCCAAUCUUUACACCAAGAUUCUGCCAGGAGCUCGUUGAAUUGGCAAACGAUAAUGGUGGCUGGUCAGAUGGAACCAACAAUGAUCCUAGACUAGCUGGAGGCUAUGAAAAUGUACCAACAGUUGACAUUCACAUGAACCAGAUGGAGUUCGAGCAAGAGUGGCUGUGGAUUCUCCGUCACUAUGUAAAGCCACUUGCAGAAAAAGUCUACCUUGGGUAUGACAGUGAUGCUCGGGCAAUUAUGAACUUCAUUGUGCGAUAUAGGCCAACAGAACAGUCCUUCCUUCGACCCCAUCAUGACUCUUCAACUUACACAAUUAAUGUUGGUUUGAAUCGCCCAUUUAUUGAUUAUGAGGGAGGCGGCGCUCACUUCAUCAGAUACAAUUGUUCAGUGGUCAAUACACGUGUUGGAUGGUCGUUAAUGCAUCCUGGCCGCCUCACACAUUACCAUGAAGGACUCCAGACUACAAAAGGCACACGUUAUAUCAUGGUUUCCUUCAUUGACCCAUAAUUUUGCGAGCAGCUAUAUAUUUGUUAGUGAUUUUUAGGACCAUUUGUUGAUAAUUUUUUAAUGUGAAAUGUAUUGAUGUUUUGUGCUUGUAACUAUGUAAUCAUGACAGGGCUCGGCCUAUAGAUGUACUUGUGUUUGUCAUAAAUCAGUAUUAAUGUCUAAGGUUAGCUGAUGGUGGCUGACAAAUCUCUUGCUCACUGUUUAUAUUUUUACCUCUCGCAUGCAGUUGCAUCUGCAGUCUUGUGAAACUGUAAAUGUUAUACAUGUUUGAAUAUUGUAUAUUCAGUGUAUGUGCUGUAUUUUCAAGCUGUUGCAACCAGAUCAGAUACAUGAUGCCAUUGACUUAAGUUUUACCAUGCUAAUUUUGUAUUAAAAGCAUUUGUUUCUUAAAUAAUUCUUUGUUGCUAAAAAAGCAGACAAAAACCUGUGCUUAAAAAAAAAAAAUGAAUCUCGGCCAUUUUCUGUAACUGCCAUUUUACUGUUUUUAUAAAUGGUAGUUAAUUUCCCAACAUUUGUUAUGAUCUCUGCAAGCUGCUUAAUAUUAAAUAAACUAAAUGCUAUAAAUAAAUCUGAAUAGAAUAAAAUAUUGCUUAGUAUUAGUGUUGCAUAUAUUCAAAAGAAUAAUAUAUUGUGUUUAAUGCAAUAAAUUUAUAAAAUUUUGAUUUCCAGUAGAGCCACAGUUGACCUAUAUAUUUGUCUUGUUCUUUCCCUUGUGACUGAAGUGUGGAACAAUUGGUCAUAGUAAUUUAUAAUACAGCAACUGAUGCUUGAAUGUCAAUUUUAAUGUGGUAAUUAUAUUUUCCUCUACAUUCUUUCUGAGGUUGGGGAGAUACUUCAACAUUUAUCCAUUCCAAUUGCCUUUUAUGGCAUGCAAAGUAACAAUAUUCCCCAGUAUUGAGUAUGGGUAAUAAAUUCUUCUUGGCCGUUUGAAAAGCCCUUAUUUAUUUUUUAAUAACUUAAAUAUUAUAUUUUUUAGUGUGAUAUGCCAUAUACUUUGCAAAUAUUAUUUUCCAAGUACAGUACCAGCCUAUUGAUAUUAUUAAAUAUACAAUAAAGCAUAUAAACAGGUUAACUUCAACAUUUCAAGUAGUAAAGAUCUAUACCUGUAUCUACCAGAGAAGAAAGCAAUAAAAAUGGAGCAAUGGAAUACUGUUGCUCUAUGAAUGAUGUAA